AUUCAGCGAAAAUCAAUUAUGUUUGUACGGCGCCUCUGAACUCAUCCAGUCUCAAGGGUUGACUCCCCCACGUGAUGAAACAGCAGCUACUGUACCUCUCAAUGAUGGAGUCUGAAGAGGCAAGGAUAAAUGGUCAAAUGUAGGAGCAGCGCCAGUUUACUUGAAAACAGAGUCGACCACGGUUAUUUCAAGGUAGAUAACCGAACUAGCCAAACCUAAUCGGAUAAUCGCUUUAGGAUCCCACCUUGUGCACUGGACCGCAGCCUAGAUCUAGUCGGGUACCUGGGGAUGCGAUGGGAGAGCGAGUACCGCAGAGAUGAUGCGUUUUGUACUGGAUUGCUUGCGGACGCCAAGGCAACGGGCACCCUGCAGUGAGAGGGACCAGGACUUUGUGGAACAGGACCAGGGUGUCAUUCAGAAGACUGGAGAAAUCAAAGACCUGCAGGAUGCAGUGCAGCAGGAAGUCAUUGAGCUGCAGGAGCAGCGGGGCGACCGCCAGGAGCUGGAGGAAACCCUGGAGAAGCUGGAGCAGCACAGGGUGGAACUGGAGGAGCAACUCAAACUGACCAGGCUGGAGUGCGUCCAGGAGAGCCAGCAGAUCCUGUCCUUGCAGGCGGAGGAGGUGGCCAGGGAGACAAAGGUGGAGGAGUAUGAGCGGGAGCUGGCCAGGGCCAGGAGGAAACUCAAACAGCUGAAGAUGGAGGUCAGAAAGGCCCAGGGGAAGGUGGAGGAGGCGGGUGAGCGCACCAUUCCUCUGGAGGAGUCCAUCAGCCAAUCAUACGAGGAGAUUUUACAGGAGGAGCAGACGUUCAGUACACUGAGGAGUGAGCGGACGGGAGAUGCAACACUGCCAGACCACCAGCAAGUGGAGUCAAACGACACAUCUCCCAGCAGCCUCAGGACAGAGGACGGAACUCUGGAUGUACCCGAUGUACCAGCCAGGUCAUGGGGCAGGAGCCAAUCACUGCCUGUCUACGCUGAAAUCCUGGCAAACCUUGGGUGCGCAGCUCGCGCUAAGGACGGAUUGUCUUAUACACAAGAAGAGGAGGAGGAGACACCUGUACCAAGCACACCAAAGCAGAUAGAUUUUAAGGGAGAAGAGGAAGAGAAAGUGGAGGAAGAGAAAAUUUCCCAGACACGAUCCACCAGUAGCAUAGCAGUCGAAGAUCUAGACUUCUACCACCCCGACCCCUUCAUUCACUGUGAAUCUGAACAUGACCUUUUCAAAGAUGACGACUUCUUUGCCAAUACAGAUAAAUCUGAUGAUGACCCGUUCAAAGGCACGGACCCCUUUGCUGCAGACAUCCUCUUUCCAGAGGGGACAGAGGAGCCAUAUCCAUCCACUGACCCUUUCCCAGACACCCCUGCCUGCCUGGAACCUGGAUUUAACGAGGACACAGACAACAGCCUCUCCUGCCCUGAAAACAAAGCCUCUACCGGCACCCAGUGCUUUGAGUCCGAGUUCCCCGACGAGGAUGAAUCUAGUGACAUAGAAAUAAGUUACAGCAGGGAGGAUCUGGACACUGUUCACACGGACACUGUUGAACUCUCCUUCGUUGAGCCCAAAACCUUGAUCAUGACCGAACGCUUGGGUUUCAAGCCCAUCUACACAGCUCAAACCUGUUCUUUGGACACUGAAUUAGAUGACGCAGAUGAACCCGGCUUAGCUUUGGGACGCCAACCCUUCAGUGAAUCAUCCCGGGCCAACACCUGGGCUGCCGGGCCCAAUUUAUCCACCGAAUCGGACCCUAAUGGAUACGAGUUUAAUAUCAACGCAGUAUCCCCACCUUCCGACAUAGAAGAGAUUGACAUCACUCUUGGAUCUAUACAGGUUGGCUUUGACGUUGUGUGUGACUCUUUGGAACUCAGCUACCCUGUUGGGAUUCAGGCCUGUGACUCAGAACCUGCCGGAACAGGUGGAUGCGACCUUCCUGAACCCAGCCCUCCUGUGCCCAUCCGCCCGGUCCGUCCACCUAGACGCCUCAAAGGGUCAGCUGUCCUUGUAGAAGAGCCAUACACUCCCAAAGCUGAACGCUGUGAUCCAGGUCCUUCCAACCGCUCAGCUGAUUCAGAGCUGGACAGUGCUAUCGGGAUGGACCCUCUUAUCAGCUCAGCUGAACACAACAGUAAAUUCAGCUUCAGCAACAGUCUCGAGCUGAACUAUGAACCCAGUAGUCAAACUUCGUACAACUAUGGAUUCAAACUCAGCCCUGAACACCACAGUGAAGAGAUUCUGGAUCCUUUUGGCACUGAACUCAGCGAUGAAGAGGCCGACAACCAAGCCUCAUUUGAUCUGUAUGAAUUUGAGCCUACCGUUCAACCUGAGACCCAAGACAAGUUCGACCCUUACGAGUUUGGACAAAAGCCUCAUGCCACCAACCAAGACACAUUUGACCCCUAUGGUUUCAAACUCGUAAGUUUUGAGACUGACAACCAAGCUAUUGUCGACUUACACAGCGGUGAUGGUAACAACCUUAAAGACAACAAUAACAGAACCAAACGGGACCCCUUUAGCUUUGAUUUCAGUAACGCAGCAUCAAUGGACCAUUAUAGUUCAGACCCCAGUAAUACUGCAACAAUGGACCUCCUAGGUCUGGAACUCAGCAGAGCCAACAGUGUUGCUGAGUCAGACUGUAACAAUCCUACAGUGUCUGACCCAUUAGGAACAGUACAAACCAUGGCAACUGAAAGCAACCUGUUAGACCUGGACCUUGUGUUUGGAAGCAGUAGUUAUGGAAACCCUGAGGUCGCCCCUGAGCUCGACCCCUGUGAGCCUAGACAGGGAAACCCUGCUGGUCCAGACAACUUUGCGUUCAGAGCGAGAGACACCGCCCACUCCGAGUCUGUAGACAUCAUUUCUGACUGGAUGACUGUUAAGACCAACUCCAGGGAGUCUUUCGGCCCAGUCAACUCCCGCACACACAGCCUGGACAAAUGAACCAUUCCCUGGGAAGAAGUCACCAGUCUGGCCAUGAGUCUACUGCAGUACAGCCCAACAAUGAGGAAGUAGAUGGAAAGAUAGCAGGUGAAGGAAGGAAUGAGAGAAAGGAGUCGCUUUUCUCCAACCUGGCAUGAUUCACCUUGACUCCUAGUCAAGGGUUGCAACAUUGCAUUGAUUUAAAAGGGAUUGAUAUGUUCAUUGAAAAUCAUAAUUUGAUCAUUCUAAUUUAUGAGUUAUUAAUUGGUGAUGGUUGUUUUGCAGCUGUAAGGCGUUGGUUCAUUCUAUACCCUGUUAUAGGUGCAAUAUAGUAUUUCAUCUUGGUCAAGAUAUAGGUAGAGGUGAGAACAUACAUUUCCAUAUCCCGAAGAACCUCAAGUUUUAAUAGCAUGAAAACGAAAGGAUUUAUUAUCCUGUUUAUCUUGAAACUCUUUAACCAUCCAUCCUUUAUCAGAAAUAUAUGAGAUGCCAAGGGAUAGGGUAAAGGGUGGAGUGAAUCAUUUGGAAUUGAGCUUUCUGGAAAUACAACCAAUCAUUUUUGAUGGAGGUGAGCAAACCAGGUUGGUAGAAUGCAGGGUAUGAGCUUCUUUAUGUUCAUGCUUUAUGAGUCAACUGUAAAUAAAUCAUUGAAUAGGUUUUAAGUAAAGCCAACUGUGGCCAAUACAAAUGGUUAAAAUCAAAUCAAAUGUUAUUUGUCACACACAUAUUUAGCAGAUGUUAUUGCCGGUGUAGCGAAAUGCUUGUGUUCCUAGCUCCAACAGUACAGUAGUAUGUAACAUAAAUAUAUGAAACAUAAAUAUUUAAAACCCCUUGGACCUUGCACGCCCGAUUUUCCCUCCUGGUUAGCUAUUUAAUAUUCUACCUACCAAUGUGACAUGGCGUGAGCCAUACCUUAAACAAAUGUGUGUCUAUGUAUAUACAUGUAAAUCCGUAUGUACUUUCUCAGACGCCCUUGGGCCAGUAAUACAUAGAUAAAUGUAGGGAACUAAAAAGUGAGUGAGUAUCUGAUCUUACAACCAUACUUAUAAUAAAGGGGCUCUACUCAUUCAGAUCCGCUUUAGCCAACAUCCACAUAGUGGUUGUUUUGGCGGUGUCUGAGGUAGAACUGUGUUAGAGCUGUGAGAUCCACAAGCAGCUCCUGGCAUUAUACCUAAAGCGGACAUUGCCAUUGGCUGCACAGAGUCGCAUUAAGAUUAAUUCCAUGCAGCCUUGUUUACAAGUAACAAACACUAGAACGUGAGAUGUAAUCUACACCUCGAUUAGGCUGGUAGAAAUCCUAAUUUUGUUUAAUGAUUUUGAGCAUCAUUAUUUAUAGAUAUACACUUCCUUGUUCUGAACGUCUAACUCGAGUGGGACAAUGAUCAAGAGCAGCUGCUCACCGAUUUGACAGCAGUUACUCCUUCGACACCGCCAAAACAUCAACUGUGUGGGUGUCGGCUAUCGCCGAUUAACGCUUGAUCUGAUUGAAUCUUGGCCUUAACCUUUCGUCCAGUUUGCAAAUAUCUAUCGUUACAAAAUGGAUUCCCAUUUUUGCAUACUGGUACUGCCAAUAUAACACGCCAUAUUAUUUGUACAAACUGUCUUUAUUGCAGUGAUGGGGAAUUGCAAAAGAAACCCAAACAGAAAGAAUCUAGGCCCAACUGCAUGUAACACAUUCAUUAUCAGCUACAAUGCACAGUAAAACAAAUUAAAAAUACACAAGCAAUCCUGCCUGGUCA